UGCCUGGCAAAAUCUGAGGAAAUCAAGGACUUCUUGCUGACCGCCCAGCGAAAGGACGCCAAAUCCUUCAAGAUCAAGAAGAAUAAGGAUAAUGUGAAGUUUAAAGUUCGAUGCAGCCGAUAUCUUUAUACUUUGGUCAUUACAGACAAAGAGAAGGCAAAGAAACUCAAGCAGUCUCUGCCCCCAGGUUUGGCAGUGAAGGAGCUAAAAUGAACCUGGCCCACUGAUUUGAACUGUAUUAAAAUUUUAAAAAUUCUUAAAAAAAAAAA